GAUCCGAAUCCUCCCAUUCGUGGAUUUCAUCCACUCUAUGGCACUGAAGUUCCCCAACCGAAGGGGAACUGCUAUUUCAGUUUGUGUUUCUAACUAUAGCCAGCUCCAGAAGAAACUUACAUUGAGUCAAAUUCUGUCCACAUUUCAGGAAAACGUUGCUCAACAUAUCAAACUAUUGUGUUAAACGUGUACAUUCCAAAGAGCAAUGAUCCACAGUCUCUCUAUGUCCACAGAAGAGACACUCGUCAUGGACACUAGAGUGAACAACACGUAUGAAAUCAUUCACUGCCACAAUCCCCUGCAGAAUCCUCCAUUGUAAAUCCCCAACACAUUUUGUCAAAGGUGGUUUAUACAAAACUCUCCAUACUGGUUUUCCCUUUAAAGUAUCAUGAAAUAUCCAUUAUUUCUGUUAAUCUGCCUUUGUCACCUCUCUGAUCUGUAAUAAUAAUAAUAAUAAUCAUAAUAUUAGACAUUUGUUUGGACAUGAUGUGCUCUCUUCAACAAGCAGCUGUUUUCUUCAUUCUGCAGGCUGUUCGCUCUGGCAGUUGAUCAGAUAUUUGCAAGUUAGCCUAUAAUAAAAAGCAGAGUUAUUCUGCAGUCAGGUGAUGUGCUCCAUCAGGCACAACAAUCUUGAUAGUAUCUUGUAGUGUGCUGUACCGCAGCUUUCAUAUCUUGUAGUAACAUAUUUUUAAAAGUGUACUGAUUAUAUUUUAAAAUAUAGCCUACAUAAAUAGGCACAAUUUAAACUUUCAAAACAUCAUGUUUUUCCCACCUUGGGCAUUAAAGCCUUUAUAUUAUUUUCUCUUUUAUUCUUAAUUGGGCAGCCAUUAUUCUCAACCCUGUAAUGGUAAUAAUGAGUUGGUAAUAAUAGUAUUUUACAAAGCUUUUGCUAUAAAACCAACAUUUCCCUGUUGCUCACAUGUCCCUCAAAUCAGUUUAAUGGCUAAAAUAUCACAUUUUUAAUGAGUUUUAGAUUAAUAUGUGAUUUAAGUUACAAUUAUACAUACUUGCGCAUUCUGUGGUCUCUUAAUUUUUAAAAAGUUUUACAUUUAGAUGUCUUACCCCACCCACAUAAUUACAAUGUUAGGCCUUAACAUGCUGGUUGGUUCUCAGUAAUAUUUUUUUCUAUAUUUAAUUGUUUUCCUUUAAAAAUAUGAAUCUCACAGGGUGGAGAAUACAGAGACGGGGUUAAGACCAUAACAGGGUUAAGAGGACACGUAAAUUUCAGUUUUGAUUUGUUUUAGUUCAUUUGAAAUUACAUCUAACACUUACUCAAAAUUUAUUUUAGUAAAACAUUUAGCAAAGGCAUUAAUGAGAUAAUGAUAAUGAAACUUCAUUAAACCAAACCACAGUCAGAAUUCAAAAAAUUGAAGUGCUGCAGGUAACUGGACUGUUAGUAACCUUUAAAAAUGCUGAUAAAGGCCUGUGUUACCCAAUCUAUUGCUGAACAGAACCUACAGUAAACAGAAGCAACAGGUAAAGUCUUGUCUAAAACUUUAUUUCCUGGAACAUAAAUAAAAACUGCAGCAGAAAAGUUCUUAAUGAAAUUGUUAAUGAAAAUACUUAAUAAUAUUAAUAAAAAAAUUUAAUUAUAUAGCCAGAUAGGCUGGUCUGCUUAUUUCAGAAACUGCUGAUCUAUUGGGAUUUUCACACACAACAAUCUCUAGGAGAGAAAAUUAUAUAGUGAGCAACAGUAACUGAAAUAACCACUCGUUACAACCGAGGACUGCAGAGGAGCAUCUCUGAACACACAAAACUUCCAACCCUUAGGUGGAUGGGCAGCAGGAGGGGAUUCAAUCAGGGAUUCCAAAACCUUUUGUUAGCCUAACCCUCUGUAUCUAUAAUAUUAAUAUGAGUUAUGCCCUCAAUGACCCCCUCUCUAAAGUUGGGUAAUUGUCACAUGACAUAGAGAUAAACAAAUGAACUAAUACAUAAUUUAAGUAUUUUUUUGUUCUGAUUUUAUUAGCUUUACAUAAACUCAUGAUGAAACUUGUGACACUCAAUAUAAAAUCUGCUGCUGGUACGGGUGCCGUGUCUGACAUUAAAUAGUGUCAAAGUUUAAGUAAAACACAGAUUCAAAUAUUCUAUCAGUAACAAAUUUUUUUUUAUGUUUUUUAAUGAAUAUUCCUGAUUAAUUAGGUGAAUAUACCCAAAACAAUGACAUGUGUGAUGGGGUUGAGUUUUUAAAGCAGAAUGUCCUCUGCUCCUUGUGUGGUUUAAAAGAGAAUGCCCACAUGGCAGCAAUUAAACAAGAAUAUGUUAUAUUGUUUGGAAAUAAAAAAAACAGUCAUAUUCCAUCUUAGUUUUACGUUACGGGGUUGAAUUGUUAAGCUUGACCGCAUCCUUCCUAACUAUAAUAAAAUCAAAAAAUGUAAAUAAAUGAAAAUAUAGCUUCUUUUGCACCAUCCUGAGAAAGAGAGCUGAAUGAUGUCACUUUCCGUCUGGAUGUCAUAUAAGAGUAGACUCUGAAUUGCUGUAGGUGGAGAAUUGCUGGUGUGACAGGGUUGAGUUUAUAUUGAUGGACAUAACUUUGUAGCCUGUUUUUUAUUAAAAAAAUCUUUAUUUUUUUAUUUAUCACAAGUAAAUAACACAAAUAAAUAGUUGUAAUACUAAAAAAAAAAUUAAACACUGUGUCUACAUGCAAUUUCAAAGAAGUGCCUCGGGGGCAUGACAAAUAGCUUGGUUUGUGACAGACAAAUUAUAUUUUUUAUGCUAAAGCUGCAUUUAAUGUAUUUUUUUAUUCAUUAUAAUGUACAAAGUAGAUCAAUGAAAAAUGCUUUUAACAUGUAAUUUAAGUCGACAACCACUAUAAAAAAAUAUGGGGGACUGAAAUAUUACAGAACGCCAGGAAUGACUUAAUUAUAUCUAAGAUAAUUUUGUAAAACAAUAUGUUUUGUUAAAUGUAUAAUGUAUAAAUAGUUCCAUCACAUCAGCUGAGGCAAAAAGCAAUAAUGCAGCCAUUUCUUCUUGUAGUGUUGAUAUGGCUGUUUUGAAAGAAUUUGUGUGAAAGGCAUCAGGAACUUCUGGGAACUGCACAACUCUGUGUAAUGUUUUCACACUUCCAUGUGUCGAUUUUAUUUCUCAAUCAUUUUUACAUUUAUUAAUUUUAUCAGCCUUCAUUGUGAUCAUUUUCUCUUUAUUGGUUAUACCUCACAAUCACAAACACUCACAACUGGUUCCAUUCUUUUGAAUUGUGUGGGUUAUUGAGCCAGGCUUCCAUUCGAUUCCUGAUUUUGCUCCGCGAGCAAAGGGCAGGAGUGGGCGUGUCCAGCAGGGGAGAAGGAGGGCAGUGAACAACUCUUGUCAGUUAGCUCACAGAAUGAAAUGCGUGAUUUUAUAGUUUAUAAAGUUAAAAUGCAAAGAAAUAAACAGUAAUGUAAUGCCCGGCUACAUUUGUUAUUCGUAAUUUCAUAUACACUUAACCACAAUUUAUAUCAUUAUAAAGAUAAUCAUGUUCAUAUAAACUCUAUAAUUGAAGACUUUUCCCUUAAUCCCCUUGUCUGAACCAUAGGUCUGAAUGCAGGCUCAGUGCAGCAGGCCUCUUGCCCUGUCUAUUUCAACCAUUAGCCCUGUUGGUAAUCUAGAGGAUUUAGGCGAACACAACAGCACGGCGAUGUGUCUAAAUGUGAACAAACUCCUGAUAAAAGACAAUGUCCGCCAUUCUCCAAUUCUCGUACUGCUCUUCCGUCAAAAAUGCUUGCUGCACACACAGCUUUGCUGUAUUGGCCCUGACAGGAUCUUAGGGAAAAACAUGCAACAAACACUGUGGAUCAUGAUAACAAACACAUACGAGCCUUCAUAAACGGUGUGAUGGUUGAUGGGUCAGAUGACAUUAAUCAUGUGAGACACAAAAAAUCACUGAUGUAUUCUGAUAUUCCUAUGCGUAAAAGUACAACUCUUAACGAUGAAAUGAAACGUAAGAGAAAGGAAAGGCGACUCCGACAGAGGGCGCGCCGAGCCAACAAAUCAGCUGGACGAACUCUCUGUGAACCCCUUGCUACUUCAGAUGACCCUCUUGUUAGUAGUCGAACUCUGAAUGAACUCCCAACUUGUACUUUUGCUGAACUCUCUACCGAGUUCACGCACCUGAAUUUAAGUGCAUAACUAUAUAGCACAUUAUAAAUCAAGGCUUAUAUUAAAAUGCCUAAAUGUUGAUUUAUAUGAUACAAUGUACUCUUAAUGACUAUAUAUCUGUCUUUUUACUGUUCAAGUGAUUUAGCAUGCUCCUUGAAUGUAUGAUUUAAGUAGUCUGUGCACCUGUGUUUAGGGUUGAUGUAUGAAUACUGUCACUGAGACACUGAGUAUAAAAGCUGACAUGUACUCUUCAGCUUUGCGCUUCCUGACUUCUGUUCAUUGAGGUUGGUCGCCCUUUGUCUCUAACGGGAGGCAAAGUAAGGAUUUCUUGUUUUCUGUUUGUCUUUUGUUUAUUCUACUUUUUCACUGGAUUUUAUUUUAUUAAUAAAAGUGUAUUUUAUUAUUUUUCUUCACUGGAGUGGACAUUGAAUUCAUUUUCCAGAACCCAUCUAAGUUACCCUGUGUGAGUCCCUAUACCUGAAAAGGAGGAAAAUCCACCAAGAAACAGGGCCAAAAUAAAGGUAGGCGACAUAGUCUACAUACAGAAAAGAGUCCGAGGGCAUAGAUUUAAAGAAAAUCUAGGCACAGAAGAUAAAGUUAAAUCAAUACCAUCCAAUACUACCGUAGAAUUAGAAGCCAACGGUAUUUGGAGUCUCAGAGACAUAAUAAAGAAGCCGGAAUAAUGGCAGACACAAACCUGACCUGUGACCUCAAAUCUUGUGAAGGCCUUUAUAAGCAAAAAGGCUUCAUCAGAGUUAUUAGAGGUUUUUCUGGACACUUAACCAUUGAAAAAUGGCUUAAGCCAGAAUAUGAUAGAGCUCUGGGAAGAAAAUCUGUUAGUGUACCAGGAACACCAGCUACCAGUUAUAGGAUCGAAGACUGCGCCGUAUGUGGAAAACCUAAUGUAGCGUUUAAAUUAGCUGAAGGCUUAUACGCAAAUAGGCCGAAUAAAGCAGAGUUGCUAAUUCAGCAUGGUUUAGGAGCUCAUUUCCCGUGGUGGAAUGAGUUAGGAGAUAUCGAUGCGUGUGCUUUGCAUGAUGUCACCAUUUGUGGUGAUUGCAGAGAGUCACACCAGAAGGUCGAAAUCGAACAAUAUGAGAUAAAGCAGGAUGGAUGCUUAUGCCGAAACUGUCAGUCAUGUAAACAACGGUUUAUUGCCCUAGGAAGGGAAUGCCGAUGUGUGUAUGAUAGGGAAGAAUUUACAUCGUGUGAAAGAUGUAAGAGUUUAUUCAGUUGCAAAUGCUUAAAGUUAAUUAGCAAAAAGCAAAUAUGGAUGACUCGAAAAUCCAGAAAGGCCCUAGGGGAAAAUAGAAUAAUGACCAUGUGGGAUAUAAACCCAGUAUCGCUAAUGACAAAUGCAGAUUCAAAAUGGAUGGCCCAAAGACUCAGAGAACUGUCCUUCUGCCCAGGGGGAUUGCCAGGCGGGCAGGAGUCUUUGAACGGAAACGAGAGUUUUCGGAAUGGCCUGAUAUAUCUCACUCACUUAGGUGGAUGGGAGACCGCUGUCAAGUUGCAGUUACACACGCAGGUCAGCUACAAGAGAGGUGGCUUAAGUGCAUGUGUAUGGGUUCUGCAUGACAGUGAGUGGUUUAAGUGUGAACUUUCUGACGCUAUAAUAAUUACAGCAAAAGAAAUGACAUUUAAACUGUGCAUCAAAGUAUGCGAACCAAAAGAUGAGCCCAGUUAUUUCACUGAAUCAAACAUCUCAGUCUAUGGAUCUUCACAAUCCUUUAGAGAAGGGACAGCAAAACUCAAAAUUAUCAGAUCCACACAACCAUAUCAUUUAAUGACUCGUGAACCAAGCGACGAGGAUAAAUCUAGGAUAGAAAUUCUAGAUUUAACUGUUCUGUUAAAUUUAAUAGGAAGUUACCUGGGUAUUGGAGAAUGUAUUCAGGGAGUAAAUGUUUAUCUGAAUAGAUCAAAAGAUAAAUCAGAUAUGGCAACAAGAAAUAAAUUAAUACAAUUGAAAAAGUGGAUCUCCAAAAAAUUCAGUCGAGGGACAGAAUAGGAUGAAACGAGUUUGUCUCUGUUCUCUGUUGCAGGAAAGCAUGCAAGAUAUAUUGGCACAUAAAUGGUGUUAGAGCAUAUUGUUGUAUGGACUGUUUCAUAUUCAGUGGGCAAGAUUUUAACAAGAUCCAAUAUAUACUUUGUUGGAGUGAUAGUUAUUUACAGCCUUUACUACGAACUUUAACAAGUGCUGUGGGACAGUCAAUUAUGCCAUGGAAACCCGUUAUUACUUACACGGGGCAAGGACGAACAAAGUAUUAUGUCCACCCCUAUUGGGUUAAUGGGGAAGUGUUAAUGGGGGUCAUGAGCUCAACCGCUAAUUUGUAUGUAAAACUUGCAGAUCGAAGUCCUUGCCUGGAUGCAGGAUCAAUGGGUUCUUUCCAAGUUGGAGGACAUCCUAUUGAGGGAUCGUCUGAUUCUCAGACUCCCCUGGGACCAGUUGCAGAACUUGACUUCAUCUGCUCGACCCUUCUUGAGGAUGAGGAGAAUUGGCCGGAGACUUUUGACCUCCCUGGGACAGAGUAAUUUACUAACUGUCCAGCUAUCAUACCAAAAAAGGGAAAAGAAGUUUAAUCUUUGGUUAAUGGGCUUUGAUGGAUGGGCUGUACCUCUAGAACAUUGUAUAUAUGGAUCUUGUGUACUAGAUGAAUUGGAUAAUGAUUAUUUUAUGUCUCAAAUGAGAAUGUCAAAAGGGGG